CAUUCACAAGCCAAUCACAAUCAUGGUAAACAGAAGAUUGCGUCAUUGUUAUUGUCGUGGUUCGUGGGCUUCUGUUUUAUUCUACAAGGUGGACGUGGUAUUCGUACAUGCAUUCGGUUUAAAUUGUGUUGAUCUCGACCGGAGACUAAUAGAGUUCGUACAAUAUGUCGGUUUCGAAGGAGAUUUCCUCGGAGGAGUUACAAGGUUCUUGGGUAGAGCUAAGCUUCAGUGGUUCAAGCUCCCACACGACGGGUUCACAGGACGACCAGGGGGAACAGAGCCCAUCCUCAGGCCUGGAGGCUGACGUAGAGAACAUGCUUCUGGAAGCACAACAUGAGUCGGCCAGAAACAGCUCAAAGGGAAGCUCUCAUUGUAACAGCCCACUCCGAUCACAGACUCCCCUUAUACUGUGUAAGGGAUCUGAGGCAAACAGCUCACAGUCAGAAGAAGACUUCCAAGAAAGGAGGCGUGAAGUGGAAAACCUGAUGGUCAGGAACGCAGACUGGAUAUGGGAUUGGUCUAGCCGACCCGAGAACAACCCGCCCAAGGAGUUCCUGCUGAAGCAUCCCCCGCCGCGGCGCUCCGCCUCCUCCCUCAGCAUCAGGAACACCCGGGUGAUGAAGAGUGGGGGGGUCCUCUCCCCUCACUUCCUGAAGCUCUUCCUGCCCUCGCUCGUUGUUUCACACAUACUGGCCAUUGGCCUGGGGAUCUACAUCGGGAAGCGUUUGACCUCACAUAACACCUACUGAUUAUGUUGCUGUUUUAAGCUCAGGACAACUCCGGUCAUGCCGGGUUGGAUUGCGCAACUAGGCAUGCGUCAAAAACUACAAACAAAGCAAAAAACAAGGAGGAGAAGAGACAGCUGUGUGUCAUGCUUGGGUUUGGCCGAUUCCUCAAUGCUCAACGGUUUAGGGUGAGGUCCCAAGCUCCAGUCAUUGCUAAAUCACAUCGUCGUAUUCAUGAAUAUGUCCCCACACACACACUCGCUAUAACUCCAAAACACCAGGCCUGGCAAUGACCUUUUUGCCAUUUCCUGCUCCCUCAAAUGUGCACGAAUAGGAACUGACAUGGAAAGCUGUCAGUUCCUGUUAUAGUGGGGGGAAAAAGAUGAUGGUUGCCUCAGAGUGAUCUGCCAUCCAGUCGAUUGCUUCGUUGUUGUUUUUUUGUUGCAUUUAUCAUGUUUUGCUCUGUUGUCUAUGGGAUCUGCUUCUUUUAAGAAUGGUUAUUAUAAAUAAUUAUAAAUGAUUCACAUGUAAAAUUGACAAUGCAAGCAAAAUGUAAUCAGACUUUGUAUAUUGAACUGUGAUUGUGUCUUCCAUAAGCUUUAAAUGGACCUUUGUUUUCAAGCUUUUACUCAAGGCAAUAUUAAAAAAGGUAAAUGUUGAAGAGGAUUCCUUUCCUAAAUACAGAAGUGUUAGACGAUUAGAAUUUCCUGUCUGGUUUAAUCGAGUCCAUCUGUUCUUAUAAACAAGAGAAAGCGACUAUCCUAUCAAAGAGGUUCUGGACUACAUGCAGAUUAACACAAUAAGAUUUUUAUUUAACUUUGGUCAAAAUAAUCAAACAAGUGAAUACAUUGUCACCAUGUUAGGAAUCAAUGGACAAAGACAAUGCAUCGUUAUGUUCGCUUUAAUGUCAUUUUAUGAUCCGUGUAGUCAAUCUUCAUUUUUGCAUUCACAACUAGAGAGAGAAGAGCCACAUUUUUAAUAUGCAGUUCAAAUUCGAGUGACAUCCCUAACAAAAUGAAUAAGAGCACGUGAAGGAAGCCAGUCUAAGAGUCCUACUUAACGUGAGAUGGAGGCACUCUUUAUUACAACGGCAAUGUGUGCAGUUUUCCCCUCUUUAUGUGUGUUUUCAUAGACGGCCACGCAUAGCAGCGGUAUAUGAGGACAGAACUAUAAAACAGGAUUCCAAAAUAAUGCACAUGAGGUUUGUAAAAAAGAAAACGACUGGGACGCAAAGUAGUAGCGGUCACUGAUAGGAGAUAAGUAUUAAGGCUGUGGAUUCCCUUUGCCCAUCUACUGCCUUUCAGCCUCUCGCCGUCAUCUUAAAACAACUUGAGGAAGAAAUUGUCUGGACACAAACACAUGAUUGGCCGUCUCCGACAGUGGUUCUGAAUUAGAGCCGCAAAACAGUUAUUAUUUUUUCUCCUUCCGAUUUGAGUUCUGCUAAAAAAUUAAAUUAAAAUAAUAGACAGUGGUGUGACUGGACAUUUUUUUCCC